AUGAAGAUGUUCCUAAGUCUCCGAUCCGGGGAGGGGCCUGAGUAUAAGCCUGUAGUGUCAUACCCCUCUAGACUCAAGCAAGAUAAGGAAGAAGCCCAAUUCAAAAAGUUCCUUCGCAUUUUCAAGCAACUUCACAUUAACAUCCCCUUGGUCGAGGCUCUUUCACAGAUGCCCAAGUAUGCUAAAUUCUUGAAGGAUCUCCUCACCAACAAGAGGAAGCUAGAAGACUUGGAGACUGUGACUCUGUCGGGGAAUUGUUCUGCUGUGAUCCAGAAGAUGCUUCCUAAGAAACUCACCGAUCCCGGCAGCUUCAUCAUCCCCUGUGUGAUUGGGGAAGGAAUGAAAGAAAAUGCUUUAGCCGAUUCUGGGGCCAGCAUAAAUGUGAUGCCAUAUAAUUUGUUCUUGAAGUUAGGGUUAGAAGAUUUGAGGCCCACACGGAUGACCCUGCAGCUUGCAGAUCGCUCAGUGAGAAGACCUCGAGGAGUGGUUGAGGAUGUUCUAGUUCGAGUUGACAAACUUAUCAUUCCAGUGCACUUUGUGAUUUUAGAUGUGGACGAUGAUGUUGACGUCCCUUUGAUUCUCGGUCGCCCAUUCCUUAACACUUCUGGUGCUUUGAUUGAUGUCAAGGGAGGCAAGAUGACCUUGAGAGUUGGAGAUGAACAAGUUGUCUUCACCUUCCCCGAAGCAAUGAAAAACACACUUGAUCAUGAUGAUACUUUUAUACUUUCAUCGAUAAUACUAAUUUAA